AUGCCAAACAGGGAGAUCAUGUUCUUACAAGAGUUGGGCGGACACGAGAACAUCAUCAAGUUGCUCAAGGUGAUCAAAGCCGACAAUGACCGUGAUAUCUACCUGGUCUUCGAGUACAUGGAGACGGACUUGCAUGAGGUCAUUCGAGCAAAGAUACUGGAGGACGUCCACAAGCAGUACAUCAUCUACCAACUCCUCAAGGCCCUCAAGUACAUGCACUCUGGCGACGUCCUGCACAGAGAUAUGAAGCCGAGCAAUCUGCUGUUGAACUCGGAGUGUCUGAUGAAGGUGGCCGACUUUGGGCUGGCGCGCUCUAUCGCGGCACUGGAGAACGAAGAUGUGGAGAACCCCGUCCUGACCGACUACGUGGCGACCCGCUGGUACCGAGCGCCAGAGAUCCUCCUCGGCUCUCAGCGGUACACGAAGGGGGUGGACAUGUGGUCGAUCGGCUGUAUUCUAGGCGAGCUGCUGGGAGGCAAGCCCAUGUUCCCUGGCACGUCCACCAUGAACCAGCUCGACCGCAUCAUCGAGGUCACCGGCCGGCCCACCUCGGAGGACAUCGAGGCUAUCAAGUCCCCUUUCGCCGCCAACAUGCUGGAGAGCUUGCCCCCCUCCCAGCCCCGCUCGCUGUCGGACAUAUACCCGACGGCCCCUGAUGAGGCGCUGAGCCUCCUCAGGCGUCUGCUGCAGUUCAGCCCCGACAAGCGGAUCAGCGCCGAGGAGGCCCUGUUGCAUCCGUACGUGGCCCAGUUCCACGACCGCGAGGAGCCGACCGAUAAGGACGACUCCCGCAGCGACGUGGCCACGGACAGCGACAAGGACAGCACCGACAGCCACAAGGACUCCAAUAAGGACCAGGGCAAGCGCAAGCGCAAGGCGAAGAAGGGGAGCGGGGAUACCAAGGCGAAGGAUAAAGAAAGCAACACCACCACCAGCAGCGGCAGCAGCAGCAGCAGCAAGGCGCAGCAGGCGAUGAUGUCGCCCCGCUCGAGCGAGCCGGCCUUCUCGGUGGCCACGCUCUCCACAGAGCCGGCCGUGGUGGUGGACAAGGUGCUGCCGCUUCCGGCCUCGUCGCCGUUCGAGAGCCAGUUGCGCGCCGCGCCCACGAGCUCGCUGUUCAUGUCGGGUUCGUCGAUACCCAUCGCCAGCAGCGGCAAGAAGACAACGCCGUCCAGGCACAGGGACAUUGAAGCCCACCGAGGAGUCUCCUUCUACGGCGAGGAAUUUGUCGCGCAAGAGGAAAAGAACGAAUCGUCCAACGGCGAAGUCACGUCCUCCGAGGAGAAGAAGAAGGGGAGGAAGGCCAAAAAAGAGGCGGCGGCGAGUAUGGCGGAGGACUCGGGAAGCGGUAGUGCGGGUGGUCUACAGAGCUACGAUCUGAGGCGAAAGGAGCUGACGGCGGUGCCGUCCAACGUGUGGGAGAUGAAGAACCUCAGCGUGCUCAAUCUCUACAUGAACAAAAUCGAGAGCCUGCCGCCAGAUCUCGGUAAAUUGACCAAGUUGAAGGCCUUGGGGUUGAACGAAAACAGCCUGCGGACUCUGCCCAACGAGCUGGGACAGCUGACAUCGCUCACCAUGCUCGAUCUGAGGUACAACAAGCUCACCGAGCUGCCGGCGACGAUCAAGCACCUCGUGCACCUCAACAAGCUCUUCCUCCGGUACAACCGACUCGAGCAGCUGCCCGAGGAGAUCGGCUGUCUCGUGUCGCUCGAGAUGCUGAGCGUGCGCAACAACCAGCUGCACAAGCUGCCGCGCAAGCUCAGCAUGGCCACCAACCUCAAGAUCCUGGAUAUUUCCACCAACCACCUCACCAAGUUCAGGUCGGUCGAAAAGCUGUGCCAGCUGAAGGACCUCGAUCUCAAGCAGAACAAGCUGACUACGCUACAGGGCGGCUGGGGCGCGCUCACCGACCUCAUGCGGCUCGACGUCUCGCAGAACAAACUGGAGGAGUUCCCCGUGACCAUCACCGAGCUCCCGCGCCUUGAGACCCUCGACUUGGAAGUUCUUGCGCCUGAGAUCGGCAACAUGACCUCGCUCCGCAGUCUGUAUCUGGGUCGAAACAAACUCAUCGCGCUCCCUGCCGAGUUGGGCAUGCUUACAGGUCUUCGGGAACUGCACCUGAAGGGCAACCGGCUCAAGGCGAUACCGCCGGAGCUGAGCGCGCUCGUGAACCUGAAGCACCUCGACCUGUCCACCAACGAGUUCCAGACCUUCCCCGACGCGCGGUGCUUCCCUCCGGCGCUCAACUCCCUCAACAUGUCCGACAACCAGAUGAAGAGGCUGUCCAACCAAAUCGGCGCGCUCACGACGCUGAAGCAGCUCAACCUGGACGAAAACCAACUCGACCGGCUGCCCGGAGAGAUCUCGCUGCUGACCGGACUCACCGAGCUGCGUGUGGGCUACAACGAGCUGCUCACAUUGCCUCACGAGAUUGGAGACAUCUCCCUGAUCAAACAGCUGCACCUGGAGCACAACAAAAUGGUGGAGCUGCCCAAGUCGAUCGGCAACCUCUCUGCGCUCGAACUGUUCGUCGUGACGGACAACCUGCUCAACGAUCUGCCCAACGAGAUGGUCAACAUGACCUCCCUCUCCGAGCUCAAAGUCGACGGCAAUCCCUUCGACAACCUCCCGGCUGCCGUGCGAGGGGCCGGCGGACGCGACACCUACAACUUUGUCCUCAAACGAGCUGCCAAGAGCGCCCACAAGAAGCAAGAGAAGAAGACGCGAAAGAAGUGA